UGGGAGCAGCUCGUUGGCCUUAGAAAGAUGGCGUCGCGCUGACAGCUGAGCCUGUCAUUAUCUUCAGCCUCUGGUUCUUCACCGGCGGCGGCGGGGCCGUUAGCAGAACCAGGAGGGGAAACCACCGACCGAGCCUUUGUUCCGAACAGACUGUCAUGUAAACGCUGCGGCGCAAUAACGGAUUUAACGCGGGUGUCACGCCCACUCUGCUCGGUACCGUUCAAACGGUCCCGUCCGGUGAGUUAGCUCCGCUCCCAGCGAACCGAGCCAGACAACAGCUAGCAGCUUCCGUUAGCACCCAGGAACUGUUAAAGAGGGUCCACCGCUGUUCGGUUCCGUUCACCGCGGGGCUGCCUUCACCCUCACAGCACCGUCUACCCGGCCCAGAAGCACCGACAGGAGCGGCGGUUCCGGCAGAGAUGUUAUUGUAGCUCGCUGGUUAGCUAGCUAGGGCGUUUCUGUGUCUGUCCCUGAAUCUUUAAUGUUCGGUUCGGCUGUUGGAGCCGGAGGAGAGAGAGAGAGAGAUGGGCUCCGGGGCCGGAGAUUCGUCCCAGUGGCUGUCGGUGAAGGAGGAGACCAUUUUCCUCCACGAUGGACUCAUUCGGGUCACAGAUUUGGCCGAACUGCCCAGUGAGAUCGGAGUGUCGGAGCAGGGGGACACCGAGCAGGAGGUGGGUCGGAACCAUCACACACAAACACACACAGACCCAGUCAGAGCUUUAUUUCCGUGUCACACUCUCAUCUGUUUGUGUUUUUCACAUUAAACCGUGUUUUCGGGCUCUCUCUCCAUCUCUCAUAACGGAACCGCAAGUUACUGACCCACUGUCAUGGAGACAGCGUGACCACUGCACUUCCGCUCUGUCCUUUCAAAAUAAACCUACUAUUCAGAAUAUAUGUGACCAAAACAGUUCUCAGCUCCUCCACUCCCCUGCCUCUCGCGAUAUUUCUGUAGGCUCUGUACAACGAACGCACCAUUAUCCCGUUUCUGGAUGUCCUGAUAGCCUCAAGGAAUAGCCAAUCGGAGCCCAGCGCUUUUAGCCAAUCAUAGGCGAAACAGGGCGGGACUUUCCCCUGCGAUCCUACGAAAAAAAAAACCGCCUCCCGGACGAGGCGACAGUUUAGCGGCGUUACAACACGUCUGACAAGAAACACUUCUGUUACAGACACUUGUCUUACUUUGUUAAAGCGGUUUACCUGUCCAGCAGAAAGGUUACAGGGUCACCAAGAUCCCCAAGCGUCCCCCGUCGUUUAUGUUGACCCGGCUUUUUAGCUCUUGUCCGGUCUACCUCCGUUUUAAGCGCCCGUUAUUCCUCCAGAGUCUCCGGUAUUUACUUUGUUUUCUUGCUUGUGUCGGCAGUCGUGGCCAAAGGAGGAUUCAGACAAUUUUCCGAACUUUCUGGUUGGUUUCUUCUGUCCGAAAUUGUAGCACGCUAACUUCGUAUGGGCUCGUGAACGUUAUUGGAGGACGUAGGGCGUGCCUUAGAACACGCAGGGGCAGCGUCCGCCUAACAGCCAAUCGGCACUAAGGAGCAGCCUCCGCCUCACAACCAAUCAGGUCGAGGAGGAGUCAGAAAGAGCGGGAAGCUCGAAAAAAUGUCGGCUGCACGGACAUAAGAGAAUACAGCGAUAUCGUUAAAUCCCCUAAUAUCAUCAAUAACUAAUAACUAUUGACUGAUAUUAAAACCUUUUUUUAUAAAUACACCACAAAAAAUGCUUCUCUAACGGAUUCCUGUCUACCCCACCUUUAAUUAUCCAUACUAGGAUCAGAUGAUAAAAUGGAGGUGUUGAGAAUUUGCUGUGAAAUAAUGUAUUCACGUUUUAUAUGGUAUAUAGGCUUUUAUUUUGAAGUCAGAGUCUCAAACCGGGUCUGUACACGUCUGAUUGUGGAGGCCUUACAGUGAUGCAGAUGGAAACUUCUACAUGUCGGUGUAGCAUCCUCUCUGUUCUGUGUAACAAAGCCAGAGCAGGUUGUAUCCAUCACUCAGUGGAGAACAUUUCCUUUAACACUCAUGUCAGAUGGUCGUGAGCUGCUGUAGAUUACCAACAGUGAGGUUUAGCCACACCAUUGAUAAGGUAGCUACAUGGUGAAUAAUAAUAAAGCCAUCUGGUUAGAUUUAAUCAAUUUCCUGAACAGCUAAACUCACGGACUUUAACAUAACCUGUACAAAUGUCUACACCGAUUCUCCACCUUUCUUAGCCAAGGACCCCCCCACAGGCUGAGAUUUUAGUUUACCAUCGAGAAUAAGCUGCUACACUUCAAACUUUCCAUAUCUGCGGGAUCUUUCCUGGUUUAGGCCUGCAGAUGUCUUUCUAAUCCAAAUAUAAUGAAUGUUUAAGAUUGCUCCACCCUGGAUUGUUUAAAAGUCUGUCAGAAGUGAAGCCUGAGUGGACCGGCCCGUAAGAACUGUUCUGACACAGGGAGUGUGCUGAGACGGGUGUGAGGCUGUUGUGUUCAUGAACAGACACCGCCUGCUUGAUUAUAUUUUCCCAGUGUGCAGCAUGGCGCACUAAACUGUGAGUAUUUAAAGCUGCCUGGGUUACAGCAGAAAAACCUCUUUUGACUUUACCUACUGACCAAGAUCUCCAUAAACACGACACCGUAUCAUAUUUGGUUUUUACAGCAGCAGAGGAAAGGCAUUACAUAAUGAUCUCUAUAAGUCCUGUUUGACACGUAACAGCUGCUUGUAGCUCCUUUACUAUUCAGUCAUCAGCCACACACCAUUUAUUUUUCCUGCUAUCAAACCAUAUGUUCAUGUAGCUGCUCUGACAGAUGACAGACUCCUGUUUAAUUCAUGAAACUCAAUUAUAAGCCUCUCUUUUAUAUGUAUAAGCACAGCCUGUUAACCAAUAGUUUUAUGUUUAUGCUGUUCUGAACCAGGUGGUGACAUGCAGGUGAAGACAAAAUACACACACUGUUUGUGAGUGUAUCACUGCUGGGUCAUGUAGGGAUUAAGGGCUGUUUCAUUUUAAAGUUAGUCGUCUUUUUGUCGUGAAUAAUAUGACCCUACAACAACAACGUUCGAGACAAGACACAGAGAGGGUGCUGUAGUCUUUCCAUCAUCUCAGAGCACAUAAUCCCCAAAUUAAAUGGACUGUUUUUAUUUUGAUAAUUAUAUUUAAACAAUUAAAAUGAGUAAAUAGACUUAUUUCAUUAACAGCUGGAAGUCAAAGUAACCGAGCGUAGGGAGGACACAGGCUUCAGUCCGACUUCGAUUCAUGAUUUAAAAAAACAUUUGAGUUCAGUGUGAUUUAUCUAAACUGAAUUCUGAAGCUGUACUUUCUAAAGAGUAAAAACACCCAGGAUCAAAUCACAAAAACUCAGACUUUACCUGAUGAGACGGUGACAUCCCUGAGAGUGUUAUGGUCUGUAUAAUCAAAGCUGUGGGGAGUAUGGUGGUGCAUAUGGACGCUCUUGUACAGAACUCACACUCGUAUUCAGGUUUUUCAGCAGACACAGAUGAGUUUAGACCCUGAAGUCUGAAUCGUGGUCUCUCCACACUCCUGCUCCUCUCUGAGUCCAGCUUUAGGACUGACUGUGUCAUUCAGUGCUGUUUCCGUAGGUGUUGUGAUGCUGACUAUUUUUAUCCCCUUGCAGCAGUGUUGUUUUGUGGAUAAGAAGGUGGAGAAGGCCCAGCAUCCAGCCAAGGAGUUUGACUGUAACAUUAGGAGCAUUUCUGAAAUUCAGUCAAUACAAAUUGUUCCUGCUAAAUGCUGUAAUGGAUUUUUUUCCUGGUCCAUGAUUCGUGGGCCUCAGAGUCUAAUCAAUAUCUGAAAUGCUGCCUAAGUGCACAUGAAGCACAUUGUUUUACUUGUAAUAGGCUAUCCCAAUGUGUCUUCCAUCUCUGACCACCACUGCUGCAGAGUGUAAGGAGCUGAACAAGGACUUCUUCUGGGGAGGUGAUUCAUACUGAGGAUGACUUAUACCAGGAAGAUCUGGGCCGACCAAUCAUGAGUUUAGGUUAAAAAAAAACAGAGUUCAUUCUCAGGUAUAAAAAGACUCAGAUUCAAACCCAUGACAGUGAAAUCUGGAUUCUCCAGCUUCCUCAGUAAUUGAAUAAUAUUUCUGAGGGAAUAACUCUCUGAUGUGGAAAAUUUGAUUUGUGAGCAGCCAGACCAGGAAGGAAACACAUGCUGUCUCCCGUUUCUAAAAUGUAUUGUUCUCUGAAAGUUGCUGGCUGAUUGUCACAGUGGUGCUUCUGUUCAUGUCUCUCUCUUCUCUCCUGCAUAUCUGCCAGAUUCUUACGUUUGAGACCAAAAACCCAGUGGAGCUUGCAGAGCGUCUACGUGCCGUCUGUGGGAAUCAAAGCAACGCUUAUGCCCGCCUGCUGGAGUACCGUCUCAACGCACUGCGAGGCCUGUGGGGAGCGCAGCGGCAGCUGGCCCUGGAGGAGCAGCAGGAGCGAGAGGGGACUGGCGGGGCUGACGAGGAGACCUUGGCCUUGCUUAAAAGACAAGGUCUGCUCCAGCAGCCCGAGCAGGCGCCGUUUACUUCCCGUGUCGGUCUGCUGCUGGUCUUCCCCCUCUUGCAGUCGCAGACUCGCAGUGACCCGGCGCUCUGCGGAGUCACAGCAGAGGUUCUGCUAGCCUGCCUCCGGGACUGCCAGCCACUCAGCCUCAGCAAAGAGCCCGCCGACUGCCUCAACGGUCUGGAGGGGCUGCUCUGCUCGUGGCUGGAAGAUGGUGCCCAGGAGGCAGGACAACAGUCGGGUAAAGCUCCGAUGCAGAUCCUCCACACGCACAGACAGAGAGAAAACGCCGCUGCCGCUCUGGUGGCGCUCGCCUGUGCCAGGUGAGGCCCCGCAGUCCUUUCUUGAUGUCCUCCCCUCCUCUGGUCUCCUCUGAUUGGUCCUUGUGUUUAAUGACUUUGUUUAUGAUCAGUCAUUUCAGAGAGUCUGCUAAUCUAACCCUAACCCUUUAAAAGUCAGACACUAACCUGGUGAAGACAGUUUCUGAUGAACAUAUUGAUGACUUCACUAAAGCUGAAAUAAUCCUCCUCUGAUCAGUGAUGAGUGUCCAUGUUAACAUCAUGUUUAAAACACACACCAGCAGAUCUUCCUCCUCCUCCCCACAUUAGACACAGCAGCCUGGGUUAUAGACCUCAGUAUUAUCCCUCUAUAGUGUACAUACAUAGACUCUCUGUCGGUGUCAGUGCAGUGUUUGGGUUUAGAGCAGAACUGUUCUGUUGGCAGGAUCUUCAAACACUGUUUGAAAGUGAAACUGGUCCCAGAAAAACCUGACGGUUCUGCUGCAGCUCCGACCGGGAUUCUAAAGUUAGUUCAAUCCUCUAAGGUGCAGCAGUGAAAGGCCCCCCCCACACACACACACACACCGUGAGCUGUAUACAUCAUGGGGGGGGGGGUCACUUUUCCUUUCCUAACCAUCAUCAGCUCGCUGUAAAAAUGCUGCAGGGAGAUUCUAGCUCACAGCCUGCAGCAGAACAAACCCUGUUGUUUUUUUUUCUGUCUUUGCGUUUGCGCCUGAACUUUAGCUUCUGCUGGUGACAACUGAUCUUGACUUGUCAAAACCAGAACUCUCCACUCUUUGUUGGGCCUCUGUGGAGGGAGGGAGGGAGGGAGGCUGAGAGCUCUUUGUUGUGGGGAACCAUCCAGCCCUGGUGCCUUUUCACCAACAGUGGGAGCUAAUUAAAGAGCUGUGAGCUUUACUCCCACUCAACUCUGAGUGAGGAGGGUUAUUAAAAUCACCGUGUGAGAGGUUGGCGAGCUGAAAGACCGCAGAUAUAUUCAUGAAAUCAGCUGUUGAUUGGAUGUUGACAUCCGUGUUUGGAAUAAGACAUCAACACAAGAUGAAUCCAUGUUUUUUCUGUGAUGUGAAACACGUCGACACGUCAUCAGAAAAGCCUUUUUCUACAGCAGGAGGUCGGCUAUGAGAGUGAUGCUCAUAUAAGUCAGAAUAACAGCUGUGAUCAGAAUUAGAAUCAGAAAUACUUUAAUAAUCCUCAGGGGGAAAUUAAAAAUAAAAUAAGUAAAAAUAAAGAGAUAAUCAAAAUAUGCAAUAUAUAUACAGUUUUACAAUAUACAAGUAUGUACACUAUAUACGACACAAUUAUUGUCUGGUUGUUUUCUGCCCUUCUCUUAGUUUCUGAAGCUGCUCUUACAAACUUUCCUGCACAGACGUUUGCCCUGAAUAUUGACUCACUUGUAUAUUUCCCAUUAAUAGUUCAGUCAAUGAACACAGAACAAGCUGAAGUAGGUUUCCCGUUCCGCCCUGCAGAGAGAGGCUGUGUUAAAUAAUCUCUGUGCUGAAUUCUGAGUGAAAAUCGUCUUUCAUUCAGUUUCAACAGUUUGAUUCCCAGCAGAUUACAUCAGGUCCCCUCCAUAAUUCAAGCAGAGGAAUUAUUCCACUUACAGCUGCAGAGCUGCUUAACAAUGAGCUCGAACUAAGUCCUGUUUCCUGCUGAGGCCUCCUGAUUAAUCUGCCAAACUCUUCUCCAGGGGAUCUCUCAAGACCUUCAUCCACACAGUUCACCUGCUGCAGAAACAGACCGAUCUGGGUCAGCUCCCCGUCUCAGACGUCCUUUACAGGUGAGGCCAGUCUAUGAAUGUCUCUGAAUGUGCAGACUCUGUGCUGCUGCUCCGUCUCUACAGAAACAUUAGUGUGCUCGUUCAUAUAAAGUGAUCUGCUCUGACUCUAAUGUUCUCUUUAAAACCCCAAAAACAGCUGAUUGAGCUGCUGUCCUGCUCACUGCAGACUCACUCAUGGAGCUCAUAAAUAAUCACCGUUCCACCAUCAUGUUGUUGAAUUCUAUGAAAACCUCUUUAUCACUCUGAAGCAGCAGUCUCACUGCAGUCUUCAUGAUAACAUGGAUGGGAUAAACGUCACCACUGUGAUGCAUUGUGGGUACUUUACUCGACUGACACUGCUCAGCUGUGGUCUUACUCAAAGUGUGGAUGAAGUGCGAAUCGAGCGUGCUGCACUUUUAAUUAUUGUAGGGAGGGAGGGGGACACACCGCACACUGACACGAAGCACAUGCAUGUGUGUGAAUGUGUGAAUGUGUGAAUGUGUGAAUGUGUGAAUGUGUCUGAUGAGGCGGCCUCUGUUCCUCUCUGGUUUCAGACUUCUGCUCCUGGAAGGAGGUCCAGGAUCUCCGUCGUGCCUCCUGGGGGGCAAACACAGUGUGUCCUGGGGUUUUGAGGACAUGCUGCCCACACCUGAUAAUUCUGCUGGAGGAGCAGAGAAUAAAGGUGAGCUCUAAUCUAAUCUAAUCUAAUCUAAUCUAAUCUGUGUUCAUAAACCUACUAAUAUCACUGACUCUCAGUAUGUGCUCCAGAGGAUGUCUUAUUUUAUCUGUACAUGUGUUUGCAGAGAGGACAUCGUUUUAGAUAAACUUAUUUACCUUUAGAUAAUUCAGACUGUCUUUUGUCUUAAAGUUUGUGAAAACACUUAAAAAUGGAGAGAGGAGGAGGAGGAGGAGGAGGAGGAGGAGGAGUGUGGGAGGGAAGAGUGUGAGGCUCCUGUGGACGACUUUAACUGUGGAUGAACAGAUGAAGGUCUGAGCUCUGACUGAGAGGUUCACCAUCCAUGACCUUUAGAGUGACGGAUCAGGAGAACAUGGAUGCUGGUCUGAGAUCAGUCAGGGUCCAGACAUCAGCAGCCAAUCACAGCUCUUCCUCUCCUGUUGAGACCUCCUCCUCCUCCUCCUCCUCCUGCUCUUCUCUCCAUAAAUCUGCAUCUUCCUGUCGCUCCAACUGAACUUUUUGUCCCCGUCCUGCAGACUCUGACCUGGGCCGCUGUCUCGCCACAGACGGGCUCUAUCUGUACACCACCAACUCCUCUGGGAGAGGACUCAGCAAGCUGGGCUCUGGUUUACACGGGACACUGAGGUAACGUGACACUCCUUCCCACCCGCCUGCUCCGUCUUUAUCUGCAGCGCUCAGAGAAUAGCAACAGAGGCAGACAGAAGAAGAGAGGGGGAGACCUAAAAAUAUCUCUGAUCAGGACCCAGAGCAGCAGCAAAGAUGAUGAUGAUGAUGGUGAUGCUCGUCAUUUCCCGGAUCGCUUUGAACUCAUAUCUGCAGCACACACACACACACACACACACACACACACACAAACACACACACACUCCCAUGCCAGUGCUGCAAACGUCCCACAUGUCUGAGAGCAGCUUCCUUCCUUCCUUCCUUCAACAGUUUGUUUCAGAGUUUUUACACGUUCAGAAACGACCACCUCUGCUCAGGUUUUUGUCAAACCAGCGAUCUGAGGGGAAAUCAAACAAAGCCAAAGGGGUUAAGCCACGCCCACUCAAAUCAGAUAUAUGUCAUCACCAAAGGAGCUCGCUACGAAGUAAUAGAGACGUGUUUGUCUGUUCCAGUAGAUCUGUAUGAACAUGCAGCUUCUCAUCCUGGUCUGGGAGCUCCGUGUCCCGUCAGUAUUCAGUCUUCUUUAGUCCUGAUUUAUAGUCUGCCUCCCUGACUGUAAGAUUUAGACUCUAAAAACCUUUUAAAAGUCGGUUUCAUUUACUGACACUCUCUUCACGUGGACGGCUUUCACCUUAAAGGGAGUAGAGGUGUAAGUGACUCUAUAAUGAAGCCGACAAACACAGUAAUGUCCGAUGUUUCCCUGCUGGAUCAGAACACAGCUGACCCAGAGUUUAGACUGAUCGUAUGUUAGAGAGAAAAACUCACACAGAGACUUCGGCUGGUUUAUGAAUAAAAAUGUGAGUUUAAUAACUUUAAACUUAAAGAUAAAAAGAUCCAAACGCCGGUUUGUGUUUGUUCGCAGAGGUUUCGUGUACUGUCGAAAUGAGGAGCUGGAGCCGGGCUGGGUGGUGUACAGCAGCGGUCGCCUCCUCCACCGUCCUUCCUCUUUUGAUGCCAAGCCUCAUCAGCUGUGCCAGGUCAUUGACCCCUUCACCCUCCAGGUACUGUAGACCUCUGAUCCUCUAUUCUGGGUUUACUGUUGAGUCAUUCAGCACAUUUUCAACACAACCCUCAGAUAAAGACCCAGUUUUCAGUUUAUUUAAAUCUUAUUACGCAACAUUGAAAUGCUUCUCAUGAGGCAGCGCUCGUCUUUAUUCAGGAUGUAAGAGAGAGAUAAAGAGGCGGGGUGGGAGAUACUUGAAUGUUUACAGUCGAUAUCAGAUCUGUUUUAGGUUCAUCGCCUCCGUUCUAAACCAGCUCUUAAAAAAACACCAGAGCAGGUCAGAGAAGUGGAGCCUGAUCCAGAGCUGAUGAAGUGUGAAACUCUCCUCACAGGUGUGCCAGAUUGUGCCCAUGCCAGCUCAUCACUUCCCGGUGGGCAGCAGCAUGACCACGCUCCAUCUCUGCUCAGAUGGGACCUACCUGUACUGGGUCUGGUCUCCUGCUAGUCUCAAUGAGAAGACGCAGAAAGGACACUCUGUCUUCAUGGAUGUCUUUCACCUGUCUGUGAGUCCCACCUGCUCUGCCGUGCUCAGUAUUCUCACGUGAAUCCGCUCCGUCUCCGUUGUGUUUCAUCUUCCGUGUUUUCUCUCCUGCAGACUCAGACGGGGUUAUGUGUCGCAGACAUCCUGCAGGAGAGAGUGAUUCUGACUCGUAAGGAAGGCGAGUCCUCAAAGUGCUUGAAUGAACUCCUCCUGAGUCGAAUGUCACGUUUCCGGGCCUCGCACUCCGCCACGCUGGCCGCUCUGACGGGCUCGGCCAUCACCAACACCGUCAAAGAGGAGCAGUCCGGUAACCUCUCAGAAAACCUUCUCAACGCCGUUAAAAUCAGAUCAUGUGCUUCACACGUUCAUAAGACAUUCAUGUUUUCAUCAUAGCUGUCAACACAAGCUGUGGGCUCCCUCUGAAGACCCUGAGGAGGACCCCCAUGUACGUCUGCGGGACCUAUCUGGUGAUGCUGGUCUCCCCUCCUGGUGUUUCUGGGAGCUCUGCCACACGCUCUCUGUUCGGAGGAACAAGCAGCCUGUCCUCUCUGAAAAGUGAGUCCACACUAGUCCCUGAUAGAACCGGGCUCAGUUCUAAGGUUCAGAGUCACUAAAUCUUGUCUGUGGUCAGUUUUAGCCUCCAGUCUGGUUUUUAACUUGGCUGACGGUCAGUUCAGCAGCCGCGCAGACCUCAUCGACGCCCCCGGCAGCUCUCUGGGUCGGGGGGCCCAGGUGGCCGGACUCGGUGAGUUCAACUCUUCUUCACCAAAGACGGCCUCACGGUGUCAUGAAAGCUGUCACAGUUAGUUAUCAAUAAUCAAUAAUCAAUUUAAUGAUCUUUGUUUUUGCAGGAGCUUGUUAUGACGCGCUGAACAACCUGAUCUGGACCUGCUCCAGUGAUUACAUCGACCAGUGGUGCAAUCCUGGGAAUCAAGCCUUUCAUCAUGUGUGCCAUCGGCUGGGCGUCAGCCACCUCAUCAAAGAACCCAAAGGUAGACCGGACCGCAGACUCAGAACCCACCUGACCCCGUUCUCACAGAAACUGAGACUGAAACCUCUCAAACCGUUUCUCUUCUCAGAGGAAACUGUGGCCACAGGCGAGGUCAUCAACCAGCUGCUCCACCAUGUCGGUGCCAUGUGCAUCCACCAGCUCAACCUGCUGGCAGCCAGCAGCAACAGCCUGCCUCUGGGGGCGCUACUGGGUAAACAACACCCCAUCGAGGCUCGCCACUUCAGCAGCAUCUGCGAUAUCAUGGAGAAGGCCAUGGUGAACGGAGAUACCUGCAUCAUCCGCUGCAUCCUGGUGGUGUUCCAGGUCAGAUUUAGCUGCAGACACACCUGCACAUCAUGACCCGGACAGUUUCUAGUGUGAUUAUAUCUAUGUCUGCGUCUGUCCUCCAGGUGGUUUUUAGGUUUUUUAAUCCUCAGUCCGAGCAGAACAGGGAGAGUGUGCGGCGUGCAGGCCUGCUCCUGUGGCAGCUCCUCAUGGCUCCGGUGGAUCAGAUAGGAGCAGAGAUCCAGAGGGAGGUGUGCCUGGCCAUCAGGUGAGACAUAAAUCCACUAGAGAGGACAGUCUGAUCGAUAACAGCAGGUUUACAUCAGUGUGUGUUUCUGUCUCUGCAGCUCAGGACUGAAUACUUUAUAUCAGGGCGAGGCUGAACUCAACAAACUGCUGAAGCUGGUCCUCACUGAAGGUCUGAUGAAAACCUCUCAUCCUGAUGUCCAUCCUUCUUCUUCCUGGUCUGAUUUGAAUGUUUCUGACACGGUGUGUUUCUGUGAUGUUCAGGUGAAAGGAACAGUGGUCUGUCUCAACUCCGGGACGUCAUCCUCACCAACCUGUCAGACCAGCUGCAGAAAAACAGAUUUGGGAGCGAGGAGGACGACCACUACAGGUGACUCCCUCUCCUGUCUGCAGAGAUGAUAACCUGACCCUGACCCUAACCCUGACCCUAACCCUGACCCUGACCCUAACCCUGACCUCUGACCUCUGUCCUCAGCGGUUUUACAGUCAGCAGCUUCUCAACACGUUUGUUGUUGUUGUUGGAGAAUUUGUCAUUUUUGGUGUUUCCUGUUAUAAAAGUGGGUCGGCGGCUGUUAAUGUCAAACCCUGAAGGCUGAAGAGCAGCUUUCUAAAAUAAAUCCACGACAAUGAGACCUCCAUGACUCCCCAAGAAGAGGAGCUGUGACUCCCUGUCGGUCCUCCUCUCUCCAUAAAAGCAUCAAAAGUCCCAGAAUAAACCUGAGACGUGGACUUAUAUUCGCUCCCUGGCAGAGUAAACUCUCCUAAAGUAAAGAAAUCUGUCUCUUCCAGACUGAGCGAUGAGCUCCUUCACUGUAUCCUCAAGACGGUGGUCCGGGAAUCCUGCCUCCUCAUCACCAAAUGUCAGACUGUGGCUCGAGAUGACUUCCAGAAGCUGCUCUCUACUGUGCCAGUAUGACUCUCAGCUGAGCAGAGCUUCAGACCAUCUGUGCCGACUCAGACCUCGGGUCACUUACACCAUGUGGUUCUUUUCCCUUCUCUGUAGGUGGUCUCACCUAGUCUGCGCUACCUCAUGGCUGUCCAGAACCACCUCCUCAGUAACACCAUCCUAAUCCGUCCGGAUGAUAACGAUGACAGCGACAGCUCCCUUCAAGGGGAAACAAUGAAGGUACAGGUAAACAUCCCCUUUAAAUACCCCUACCUGUGAGCGCACCUGUGAGUCUGAACACGUCUGUGGAGCUCAUCUGAGCUCGGAGCUUCAGAGUGGGUUAACAGGACUGUUGUAAUGGAGACCUGAUCUUCUGAAGUGUCAUGAAAAUGAGAUCUCGUCUGUGAAAAUACGAGCCUGUGUUUGUUUAUCUUCAGGCGUGAACAGAGAGACGUUUCGAUCUUUGCAGAUUUGAUGGUUGAAAAAGUUGAGGCAGUGGUUACGUAAGUGUGGGCCUCACUGUGUGUGUCCUCAGGAGCUGCAGAGCAGUAUCCUGUCCUUAGCUACCAAGAUUCUGGUGGGAUGUGACGAAGUCCUGGAGACCCUGCAGCAGGUGACCACAGCUCUGAUUAACAGUGACAUCUCCGACAGAGAAACCAGGUAAACCUGAGACCUCCUCCUUUAUGAAUGAAGGACAGAACCAUCAGCAGGGGGGGCGGGGGUCCUUUUGGAUCAGGUUGACGGUCCCGGGUCUUCGUUCAGACCCCGCUGUGCGCCCGUCCUCUUUCUGUGGUUUUUCCAUGACUUCCUCAUUUCUUCUUCUUCUUCUUCAGGUUGAAGGGUCUGGAGCAGGUCACUAAGGCCACCAUGCUCGGUCACCUGCUGCCCGUGUUGCUCACGUCUCUGAUGCACCCGAACCUGCAGACCCUCACCCUGGCUGACGCCCUCAUGCCUCAGCUGGUCCAGCUGGUCCUUUACACCAGUCAGGUAGGACGCUCUUUAGUCCUCUUACAUUAAAAAGAAAACAGGGUCCUCGUUGACGGACUGACCUUUGACCUUUCCCCUCAGACCGCCCUGUUACUGAAGACUCAGUCUCCUCUCUUCACUGAUGAGCCUCCACUCUUGGGGGGCUCUCUGGGGCCGGGGGCCAAAGCCUGUGCUGCUGCUGAUGACAAGUAGGUCAAACGGAGGUCCACCAGCAGGAGGAUGAAGAUGGAGCUGACCUCUGAGGUGAAGAUCUGACCCUAACUAAAGUCUCUUCCUGUCUGAUCUUAGGAUUCUGGAUGAGAGGGAGGAGCCCGGCUUCCUGACAGGACUGAAGAUCCCUGCCCCAUGGGCUGCUGGGAAAACUGUGGAGACGGUGCACCCUGUGAGGGACAACUACAAGUUCAAGGAGACGGUCCACAUCCCCGGAGCUCGCUGCCUGUACCUCCGCUUUGACUCCCGAUGCUCCUCCCAGUACGACUAUGACAAGGUACCGGAUGGGCGGAGUCAACUCCUCACUAAAAUGAGAAUAAAUGAUCUUUAUUUGAUAUUUAUUAAAGGAAACUGUUCUAGUAUCUGACCGUGUCCUCUGGUGUUUCAGCUGGUCAUCUACGCUGGUCCCAACACCAACAGCCGUAAAGUGACGGAGUACGGAGGGAACACUCUGGGCUACGGCAGUCGCUCCGUCUUAGGGACCGGAUGGCCCAAAGACCUGGUCAAGGUAAGAGAACCUGGACUCAAAGGAAGCGCUCACACUCUCUGUGUCUGGGAUUUAGGGCCUCGAAGAAAAUUCAGGUUUACAGAGUCCAGAAUGAGGGUCUCUGAGAGCUGACCCAGGAGUCAGCUCACCGAUAAAGUCCUGAAAACGUCUGAAAACCGAAGUUUGAUAUGAGGGCCGAGCGACCUCCUCAGGAAGGUCAGAGACAGAGUCUGAGGAUUAUAUUUGUCGUGUUUGUCGUCCGCUACUGUAUUGUUGUCUUUUUUUUUUUUUUUUUUUUUGUUUUUUUUAUAAUGUUUUUUAUUUAUUUAUUUAUUUAUAUUUUUUAAUUUUUUUUAUUAAUUUAUUUAUAUUUUUUAAUUUAUUUUUAUUUAUUUAUUUAUUUAUUUUUGUUGUUUGUUUUGUUUGUUUGUUUUUUUUCCUCCUGUUUUUUUUUUUUUUAUGUUUUUUAUUUAUUUAUUUAUUUUUAUUUUUAAAUUUAUUUUUAUUUAUUUAUUAAUAUUUUUAAAUUUAUUUUUAUUUAUUUAUUUAUUUUUGUUGUUUUUUGUUGUUUGUUUGUUUUUUUCCUCCUGUUUUUUUUUUUUUUUUGUUGCUUUUUUUUCUGUUUGAGGACAACGGAUGGAAAUUAGCCUUAGCUAACUCCGGCUGGUUUACAAUUAGAAUAGACAUACAUAUUUCUUGUAUCAUGUCUUCUUCUCCUUGUCCAUGAACUGGUACUGUCCUGUCUAAAUAAAUGAAUAAAUAGAUAAAUAAAUAAAAUCUGAGGAUGAUCUGACACAGAUCAGAUCUCCUCCUGCAGGGACUGGGUCCAGUCUGUUCCUCUGCUACAUGUAGAGGUCAUGAACCUCUCUGUUUUAGAUGCACGCCUCUGAGCGUCUGCUGUGUCCGUGUGUCGUAGGUUGAAGGCGACACUGUGACGUUCUCCUUUGAGAUGAGGAGUGGGCGUGAACACAACACUCCUGACAAAGCCAUGUGGGGGUUCUCCUGCACGGUCAGAGCUCAGGUGAGGACCAACAUGUGAGGAUGUGAGGUUGUUUAGGUCAGCUGUGGGACAGAGGAGCUCACUCUGGAGGUGGUCUUCUGUUUCAGGAGUCAUCAGAGGACGUCUCUGGAGGCCUCCCCUUCUUGGCGGACCUGGCUCUGGGUCUUUCGGUGCUCGCCUGCUCGAUGCUUCGGAUUCUGUACAACGGUCCGGAGGUGACCCGAGAGGAGGAGGCCUGCCAUGACCUGCUCUGCUCCAAACUGCUGCAGAGGUGACGCUGCAGACAUGUCUCCUUUAGUCAAAGACGUGAUGAGUUCGUCUUGUUCAGUCUGGUUGACCUGCUGAUGUUUCCUCUCCAGGUGUCAGUGGCAGGUAGAAGCGAACGGCGCCAUCUCUCCGGCCCUCACGCCCAGCCCCUCGCCUCUGCCCCUCACCAUCGAGGAGGACCGAGAGUUUACUUACCCUACCGACGUGCUCAUCCCGCCUCCGGGCCUCAUGCCAGGGACCUACUUUGACCUGCCUCGAAUACGCCUCCCGCCUGGCAUCAUGGGAAGGCUCCGAGAGGUUUCUGGAAGAGCUCGACCUCAGUUCCGCCCGAGCAUCAAGUCAGUCCGGACUUUAUUUAGUGUCACUGAAAAUGAGUCCUGAAGGGUUACGUUCUCUGGUCAGAGGAAAACUUCUCAAACUUCUCUGUUUCCGUCUGUUUCCGUCUGUCAGGGAGGUCAUCAGGCCCGACGUCAUGGAGGAGGUGAUAGUGUCCUGCGUGAUCAAACAUCUCAGCCUGGUAGACGCCCUCCAGUCUCUGGUUAACUACCAAUACCGCGAGGACCACGCAGAGGAGUACGACCUGGUCUGUAAGAUCAUGGCCGAGACGUUUAAGAAGAUCAACGCGAUGGAGCGACAGCUGCAGGUGGAGUUUUUUUUAUUUUCAGUGAGACUUUAUCGAACCCGAGCAUGUUUGUAGUUUCUUCAGGUAUUCUAAGAAGUUCUUUUGAGUCAAAAAUCACUUUAAAUCUGUGAUCCUUUGAGGUGUACGUUUGCUCUGCUGACAUUUCGUAGACGUAGACGUGGAUCUGCUGUCAUGGAUGAUUGAACUAAACAUUUAUAAAUAUCUUCUAGUAGUAAAAAGGAUGACACAGCCCCUGAGGUUCUGCUCCCUCCAGGUCUCCUCGGUUCUGCUGAAACCUCUCAGAGACGCCUCUGUCAUCAUGGAGAUCUUAGUGUCUCAUCAGAACCAGGAGUGAGCGACUGAGAGGAGGUGUCGAUCCAUCAGGAGACGUGUGUGUUUCCCUGUAAAGAGGAGGUGGCAGUCUUUGUUGUCUGACGGUGUCUCUCUCUCUCGUCUUCAGAGCGUGGCAGAACUGGAGCAGAAGUGGCAGAACGAGGUGGAGGAGGCGCAUCAGGGGAAGCUGGAGAACAACACUCCUUUUUUUCAUGAUUACCACUUCUUUGAGGUACACACACUCCAACACACCUCAGUUUUUACCCACAACGUUAAACGUCUGUUUCCUUAGACCGUUUUUCUUUUAUUAUUUCAGAACAAAAUCAAGGAGCUGGAGCUGCUCUGCUCCCUGAAGGAGGUCCCACUCGACUUCACCGAUCUGGAAAACGUCGUUCUCGCGUUGAGGCGAGUGAUGAUAGUUCAGGCGGGAACAGAUCAGGGGUCAUCAGGGGUCACCUCAUGUGUUAACAGUCUGUGUUUGAACCUGCAGGGAGAAGUUCUUCCAGGAGGUCAACACCAUGCACCUCAGGAGCGUCACCUCUCUGGCUAAAACCAAAGCGCUGGUUAAGAGUCUGAUGAACCGCACGGAGCUGCUGCUGCACGUGACCAUCGCGCCGCACUGCAGGAGCUUAACCACCACGCCUGCAGGGACGCCGGGUCCAGGUACCAGACCGUGUGUUUAGUGUCUCUGUCCCCCUGAUCGGUUGUUGGUCAUGAUGCUCAACUUUACGAUCAAAAAUCCGACUAAACCUUUUAAUGAAGACUUUCAAACGUUCAGCUGUUAGCAUGCUAAUAUAAUAAUCAUCAUUUCCUCUGAACGUCACGUUUAAAAAGAACAUUUUUAUCUCCUUAUUCUACAUUAAAGUGAAGAGUUAAAUAUGAAACCAUGUGAGCAGAUCUUCUGUAAGAACAUAAAUGUUGACCUUUGUCCUCCAUCGUCUUCUCAGACUUUAGUUUUUCACUCAGUUGCUGUCCUCUCUCUCUCUCUCCCUCUCUCUCUCUCUCUUCUGUCUCUGAUCACUAACUCUCUCUCUCUCUCUCUCUCUCUCUCUCUCUCUCUCUCUCUCUCUCUCUCUCUCUCUCUCUCUCUCUCUCUCUCUCUCUCUCUCUCUCUCAGGUCUGUCUCUGAUCACUAACUCUCUCUCUCUCUCUCUCUCUCUCUCUCUCUCUCUCUCUCUCUCUCUCUCUCUCUCUCUCUCUCUCUCUCUCUCUCUCUCUCGUCUGUCUCUGAUCUCUCUCUCUCUCUCUCUCUCUCUCUCUCUCUCUCUCUCUCUCUCUCUCUCCGUCCUCUCACCAGCUCAGCAGGAGACUCUGAUGUUUGGUUCAGUUUUUCUGGAUUCUAAAUGAAACUAGCGUCUGUGAAAAUGUGCUCAUCCGUCCUUUUUUUCUUGUCCAGCCUCGAAGUCUGUGUCGGACGCGAAGACGGUGAUCCCCAUGGUGAAGCAGCCGGUGUUUCUCCGCAGCAUGUCUGCUCCCUCGGACUUGGAGAUGAUCGCCAACCAGGAUCUGGAGUUUACUCACGCCCCGCAGAGGUACGAGUCUUUCCCUGUUUUAGAGAGAUCUCAUACUCUUGGGUGAACAGGAAGCUGAAUAUGAUCGUUUCCUCCUGUAGGAGGCGACACCACCCGACCAGUCACCGCAGCAGCUCCUUCACUCUGCUGCAGUCUCUGGCCAUCGAGGACAGCCGAGACAAACCCACCUACAGCGUCCUGCUGGGACAGCUCUUCGCCUUCAUCGGAACCACACCCGACCAGGCUGUGAGUCUCCCCCACCGCCGCCGUGACCUUCUUUACCCCCCCAUGACUCUUAGGGUUAGGGUUCCUGUCUGACCUCUUCUCAUUGGCUGCUCAUCUCUGCAGGUGUCGAGCAGCAGCUUCCUGUCUGCGGCGCAGACACGAUGGAGGCGCGGCAGCACUCGGAAACAGGCGCUGGUCCAUAUGAGGGAGUUACUCACUGCUGCUGUCAGAGUGGGCGGAGUCACUCACCUGGUGGGUCCUGUCACGAUGGUGCUACAAGGCGGUCCAAGGUACGAUGAUGGUAUCUUCAUGAAUCUGACACUGAACUGAUUUUCACUGCAGACGUCUCCUCCUCAAACUUCUUCUUCUUCAGUCUCACUCUUUAACAAAACUCCUCCAUCGUAGAAACGGUCAUGAGUCUGUGUCUGUGUGCAGGAUCGAGGAGCUGACCUGUGGAGGGAUGGUGGAGCAGGUGCAGGAGGCCUUUGGAGAGACCAUGACCUCCGUGGUGUCUCUCUGCUCUCGUUACCCCAUCGCCUGUGCCAACAGUAUCGGACUGCUCUGCACGAUCCCGUACACCAGGUUAGAGAUGUCCCCUUUAGUCGUCUCUCUGUGUCAGAAACCCCUCAGACGUCUGACCCUCUCUGAACGUGGUUCUCCUAACAGGAGCGAGGAGCAGUGCCUGGUCCGCAGCGGUCUGGUCCAGCUCAUGGACAGUCUCUGCAGUCUCAGCGGUCAGAGGGAGAGCAGCUCCAACGAGAAGCAGACCAAGAAGCAGAAAGUGGCCACCAUGGCCUGGGCUGCUUUCCAGGUGCUGGCGAACCGCUGCAUCGAGUGGGAGAAGGUCGAAGGUCAGUGAUUAUUGUUGGUCUUACUUCUUCUUCACGUGUUCAGAUGUUGUCUGGUAUUAAAGUAAUCCCUACUGUUCUCUCUGAAGGUGGGUCUACAGAUGCGGUCCACUCCGGUCUGGCCCGGCAGGUGUCCAGCCUGCUGACCAAUCACCUGGCCAGAGCCACAGAGUGCUGUGGGAACCAGGCGGCUGGAAAUGACGCCUUACAGGACGUUCUCAGUCUGCUCAACGACCUUUCCAGGUAACAGCUCCUCUCCUUCAUGAACACCUACAGGUUAACUCCAUGAGUGUGUCUGAUCAGGUGUUUAAUGAGCCUUUUGUUUUCAGGAGCCACAUAGGGAAGGCCAUCCUGAGCCAGCCGGCCUGUGUCUCUAAGCUCCUGUCUCUGCUGCUGGACCAGAGACCGUCUCCAAAGCUGGUCCUCAUCAUCCUGCAGCUGUGCCGAGCCGCUCUGCCUCUCAUGAGUGUGGAGGACUGUGGAAACGUGGCCCUGCCGUCCUGGAGCUACUCCAUUAACACGCUGGACGCUGAGCAGCAAGACGCUAACGACCCCGCCUCACGGAUCGCUGCCUUGCUGCUCGCAAAGCUGGCAGAUUAUGUGGUUCCAGGUGAGUUCCCCUCAGCGAGGACAGGGUCCCCAUAGAGGUCUGAAAAAGUCUGACUGAGAGGUCAGCUGUUGGGCUGCAGAUGGAUCGAUAUUAUUAUUAUUAUUAUUUAUUUAUUUUAUUUUAUUAUUAUUAUUUAUUUUAUUUUAUUAUUAUUAUUAUUAUUAUUAUUAUUUAUUUUAUUUUAUUAUUAUUAUUUAUUUUAUUUUAUUAUUAUUAUUUAUUUUAUUUUAUUUUAUUAUUAUUAUUAUUAUUUAUUUUACUAUUAUUAUCAUUAUCAUUAUCAUUACUAUUAAUAUUAGCUUCAUAGCCUCAUUAUUACUAAUUAAUAAUUAUUAUUAUUUUUCUUAUUAUUAUUAUUAUUAUUAUUAUUAUUAUUAUUAUUAUUAUUAUUAUUUUUAUUUUAUUUUUUUUUAAUUACUAUUUUUUUUAUACUUAUCAUUAUUACUAUUUUUACUAUUAUUAUUUUUUAUCAUUAUCACUAUCAUUAUCAUUCUCAUUAUUAUCACAUUAAUAUAUUAUAUAUAACAGGAGUAUUACCCGCUCUUUAACUCUCUCUCUCCUGUUUUCCAGGCUGCCAGACUCUGCUCUCUCCCAGCUCCUCUGAGCCGGACACCAGUCUGUCCAGGGCGAGCUCUAAAGGAGCGCUCAAGUCUGAUGAUGUCGGGGAGGAGGGGGAGGCCGUGGACGGCAAACUGUCAAUCUUCAUCCACAAAAGAGAGGACCAGUCGUCUCAUGAAGUCCUCCAGCCUCUGCUCAGGUAAGAUUUCUCUGACCUCUUUGUUGUCCUCCACAUCUCCUGAAUCUGUCUCCGUUCCUGUCACAGAGUGUUUUUUUUUAACAUGCAGCAGCUCAGAGGGACGUCCUUUUCGGCUCGGCACUGGAGCAAACAUGGAGAAGGUGGUGAAGAUGGACAGAGACAUGACCAAGGUGAGAGUGGAGCUGGAAGGAAACUCAUUAAACACAGAAUCUGCUGCUUCUGUCUCCAUCUGUAACUCUGCGGUUCGAUUUAACCCUUUCUCAGAGCGGGAGCUGUGAGGUCGUCACAGAGGAGGCGUCCGCCGCCCUGAGGAAGGCCAACAAGUGGGCGCAGUCUGGUCUGAUUGUGAGUGUGGGUCCACCUGUGGAGACUGUGGCUCAGGAGACGGCAGGAGGCAUCACCACCGGGGACAAGAAGAAAACCGCUCAGACGGCCGUUUGCAGGGACAGGAACGCAGAACUGGCCAGGUGAGGAAAACCAGAUCAGAGCAAAAACCAGAGACCAGGACACAUGAGAGGGCAGUCAGGGGCCUGAGGGUGGAGAUGAUGAGGAGGGUGAGGGAGGAAGAGGGUGAUGGUGAUGAGGAUGAAGAUGAUGACAAUGGUGAUGAGGUUGGGACUGAGGAUGAUAAUGAUGAAGAGGAUGAGGAAGUGGAUGAUGAUGAUGAUGAUGACUAUUUCUGGACGUUCCCAAACAGGUCAGACCCGGUCAGGCCGUUUAUCAGCGGCCAUGUUGCCAACAGUAUGGCUGCUGAGGUCAUCGCUCUACUGCACAGUCUGCUCACCGCCCCCGAGUCCAACACGGCUCAGAUCUGGACCAGCACCGCAGAGAAGGUAAAGACGUGUAACGGGUCAGACUUUGUCACUGAGGUAUUUUUCACUCACGGUCACUGAUAACUGUGGUGGUUGUUUAACAGCAGAGGUACUGAUGCUCUGCCUAUCCUCCCAUAUGAUCCUGUUUGUGUUCGACCUCAUGCUCUUGUCUUGCAGGUCCUCUCUCGGGCGCUGAUGUUCAUCCCUCAGCUGGGGAAGUACGCUGAGAGUAUCCUGGAGAACGGGAGCAGCAGUGGGAGGAAACUGGCGAAGCUGCAGGCCAUCGGCAGACAAGCUGUAGCUGCGCUGUGUGCUCUCGGAGGUUUCAAAGAGACCAUUAAGAUCGGCUCAGAGGUCCAGGUUUGUAGAGGAGGACCCAACGAUGGGAACACAAAUCAUCAACCACAGCCUGAAAAUAUUGAGUGUUUCCUGUGAUUCUCCACCUGCAGGUCGUGGGUAAAGGCGUGCUGGGCAGUGUGGGCGUGGUCAUGUCCAUCAAUGAGCAGGAGGGCAUUGCCACCGUCAAGUUCCCGUCCUGUGAGUACAGGAGAACCUGCAAAGCCUCAGACAUCCUAACUGUGCCGAUAUCCCGACUCUGCACGCCCAGAUCUGAGGUAGGAACACGUCUGACCUGAGGAAGAGCAGCGCAGACUGAAGGUUGGUGAGAAACAGCAGCUUCAUGACUCUGGUCUCCUCUCUCCAGGCUCUGCCGCUCUACAAGCUCUCCAUCACUGAGAAGGUGGUUCAAGCAGUGCAGUCCAUGCUUCUGCCACAAGAGGGCAGUCUCUCGAUCCACACGUCUCUACCAGCCACAGGAGAUGGUUCCAGCCCGGUCAUGGCUGCAGUGCGUCUGCUGGCUGAAAUCAGAACCAGGUAGAAACAUGUGGACCGAGACUCCCGGGUCGAUCUGAGACGUUUAUUUAUUUUUUUAACAAGUUUUCUUCAGUUUUGACUCGUCAGCUCUUCUGCUCAGUGUUUUAGUGUGUCUAAAAUCAGGUCAUCCAGAACCUUCGGGUGCUUUUAUUCUGAAAGUCCAACAGUAUAACAGAGGCUUGGACCUGAAUCAGAACCCUGUUUGUUUGUGGUGUUCAGGGCGUGCCUGGUGAUGGCUCAGCUGCUGGAGGACAGCUCUUUCUGUGAGGAGUUCAUCCAACAGUGUCCUGCUGCGGUGGAGGUGUUGAACCUGGUGGCUCAGGAGUGCAGCCCAGGUAAAAACCAACACUCUGAGCUCUGCAGGUCUUCUGUUUGUCUUCAUGUUCGUUUGUUCAGCUGUGUGUCUGACAGCCCUGUCACCUUGUGCAGGAGAACGCCUCGGCAUGGUGGAAGCUCAGUGUGAGAGAGUGAGGAUGCUGUACAGGGACUGCGCUCGACCUCCUCCUCCUCCUCUGCAGACCGACAGGCGGCAGGUAAGAACUCUGAAACUGCAGAUUCUUCAGACUUUGGUCAGUUAUGUGAAAAUAUGAGAGUUAAAACCAUCAAAAAUAACCAAAGAGCUCAUCUCUGUGAACAUGUGGUUUUGGAUUGAUUUACUGAACGUGUCCCAACAUACGGUCCUCCAGUUUUCAUGAAGACUGUAACAGAAAUAAACUGCAGGUGAAGUUGAGUUUGUGUUUUCCUUCUGCAGCAGAGGAAAUCCUUUGAAAACCGUUUCACCUCCGCUGCUGCUCUGAGAGCUGGAGGUGAUAUUUGUGUUCGAUGGUCAGCUGUGCCGCCUGUUGUUGUUUAUUGUUGUUGACCACAGCGUCGUUUUCGAACAGACCGUAGAUUAUUAGAGGUACUACAGAUCUAUCAGGGGCGCCCCAAGGAUCAGUUCUGGGUCUGUUUGCAUAGACUGUCCUGGACAGAGUGACCCAAACUCAGUUUCUCACUUCUAUGCUGCCGACAGCGACACACACCUUUAUUAACCUUUUAACUCUUUAUUAAGUCUUUAUUAACUCUUUAUUAACCUUUAUUAAGUCUUUAUUAACCUUUAUUAACUCUUUAUUAACCUUUAUUAAGUCUUUAUUAACCUUUAUUAACUCUAUUAACCUUUAUUAAGUCUUUAACUCUUUAUUAACUCUUUUUUAGUCUUUAUUAACUCUUUAUUAACUCUUUAUUAAUUCUUUAUUAACCUUUAUUAUCUCUUUAUUAACCUUUAUUAACUCUUUAUUAACCUUUAUUAAGUCUUUAUUAACUCUUUAUUAACUCUUUUUUAGUCUUUAUUAACUCUUUAUUAACUCUUUAUUAAUUCUUUAUUAACCUUUAUUAUCUCUUUAUUAACCUUUAUUAACUCUUUAUUAACCUUUAUUAACUCUUUAUUAACCUUUAUUAAGUCUUUAUUAACCUUUAUUAACUCUUUAUUAACCUUUAUUAAGUCUUUAUUAACCUUUAUUAACUCUUUAUUAACCUUUAUUAGUCUUUAUUAACUCUUUAUUAACUCUUUUUUAGUCUUUAUUAACUCUUUAUUAACUCUUUAUUAACCUUUUAUUAAGUCUUUAUUAUCUCUUUAUUAACUCUUCAUUAACCUUUAUUAAAUCUACUUUAGGGUUUGAUUUAGCAGCUCGUUCCAGACUUGGACACGACUACACUCGUGUUUUUGUCAUCAGAGAUGAUUAUGAAACUGAGUUUAUAUCUACUUAAAUAUUUGUGGAUUUUAAAGAGUGACAGCUCGUCUUUAAAGGAACAUAUUAUAUCUACUAUAUCUGUUUUCAUCUUUAUUAACACCGAAGGAUGGACUUUUUUAGAGGACAUUGAACAUUUUCUUCUUUCCAAAGUUCGAACUGAGUUGACACAGAAAUCUUUGUGUUUAAAUCCGAACUUCAAAGUCUGACGGCCGAGUUCUCUGAGCUGACUCCUUUUAGGGGUCUUUCUGGACCAUGUCUCACUUGGAAAAGAGGUCUCAGACCUGUGUGGGACCAACCUGGACCAAGAAAGGUGGAAUAAAGAAAUAAAGAUAAUAUUUAUGACUCCCCUGAAUGAGAGAUUAGAGUGAUAACAGAAAUAUUGGGGAUGAUUGAAGUUAAAUUAAGAGAAGUGGAGUGUCUGAAUGUGAAGACUGAUGAAGGAGUUGUUUUCGCUCGCUCUUGCUCUCUCUCUCUCUCCCUCUCUCCCUCUCUCUCUCUCUCUCUCUCUCUCUCUCUCUGUCUGACUCAGUCAAAUAUCUUCAAAGACUUUCUCAUAUUCCUCUUUUUUAUCUUUAAUCCCUCUGAUGUGGGUUCCUCGUCAGCCGAAGGAGAUCACUUGGUGUCCGUCCAGAGUCUUCCCUCCGGUCCGGGCCUGCAUGUUCUCGUCCCGCCUGACCUCCGUCACCUUCCUGGCUGAUCCCAGCGCUGGAGGAGGGCUGCCCAGAGGAACUUUCAUCUAUGCCACGUGUCCCGUCCCGAUUCAGGUCAGCGGUCCAUCAAAGGUUAAAGACGCUCCAGGAUUAAAUCCUGCUGUUUGAGUUUGUUUGAGCUUCUAUUCUUAGAAACGUCUCCGUGUCCCUGCAGGCCCCGUCCUUUUACUGGGAGAUCGAGAUCGUCUCCUAUGGAGACUCUGAGGAGGACAGCGGCCCCAUCGUGUCCUUUGGUUUUGCUACAGAGGCAGAGAAGAGAGACGGAGCGUGGACCAACCCUGUGGGCACCUGUCUGUUUCAUAAGUAGGUGUUUCUGCAGGUCCGUCUGCAUCCUUUCCUCACUGCUCUGUCUCUGACUGAGUGCUGACUGCUUCUCUUCCCUUCCAUGUUGUUUCUCUCUGUGCGUCUGUCUCCUGUCUGUCUCCUGUCUGUCCCCGUCGUCUGUGUCCCUCAGUAAUGGUAGGGCAGUGCAUUAUAACGGCUCCAGUCUGCUGCAGUGGAAGAGUGUCAGGCUGGAUGUGGCUCUACUUCCUGGUGAGACAGGAGACACAAACUUUGUCUGUUUUUGGUUUGGUGGACGUGUAAAUAGAUCCGUGCACGGUCUCUGUUAUGGAUUCAACUCUUUAACCGGCUGCUUUAAAACAAAAUCUGCUAACCGAUCUUCCUCUUUAACUGAAGCUGCACCUUUACUAUGAUCUUGGUGGCAUCGAGCUUUCCUGCUAACGUGGCGCUCUGUUUGGAUGAUCAGGUGACGUGGCGGGGAUAGGCUGGGAGCGCUCUGAGGGCACUCCUCCGCCCCCCGGUCAGGCCCCUAAAGGAAGGGUCUACUUCACCUACUGUGGGCAGCGGCUCAGCCCCAUCCUGGAGGACGUCGCUGGAGGGAUGUGGCCUCUGGUGCACAUCCAGAAAAAGGUGAGUUCCCUCAGACCGGGUCGACCCUGAGCUGCUGGAGCGGCGUUCUCUGGUUGACUUUGGUUUUCGCUGCAGUUACAGUCAUACACAGAUGUCUAUGGUGUGUCACAUGAUGUCAGUCACAUGAUGAACUCUGGGACUGACCCGUUUCUCUCUCCUGGUAGAACUCAAAGAUUCGUGCCAACUUUGGGAGCCGCCCGUUUGCGUACGCUGAAGGUCAAGCGCACAGAAACGCCGCUGACCUGUGUGUGGACCUGGCGGAGGAGAUAAGCGCUAAUUUUGAGGCGCUGCCCUUCGCCAUGGCCUCAGACAGCGACAACGAUGCAGGUGCAAGUGUUACCUCGGACUCCGGCUCACAUGGACCGCCGUGUCGGAUCGCGGCCGUGGCUGUCCCUCAACAACGUACGCCUUCGCCUUCUCUCAGCCCGUUCCUCCUUUAUUGAACAUCAGCGUGCGUCUGUUUCUCUGACGUUUGUCUCUCUCUCUCGGUUCAGAGUAUAACAGCGACCUGUCCUGCCAUUACAAAGUGGAGCUGAGCUACGAGAACCUGGUCACCUCUGGACCUGACCCGCAUCCUCCUCCCAUCGCAGAUGACGAGAGCGACGAUGAGGACGAUGAUGACGUCCCGAGGGUGAGUGAACUUCUCCUCCUCCUGUUGGUCAGAGUGAACCUCCUGGUUCUAAACCUGAUCUGUGUCUGACCUCAGGAGGACCACUACGCCCUGCUGGUCAAAGCCUGGGAGACCAAAGUCUUCCCGACUAUUCGCCGGCGGUUUCGUAACGAGGCUGAGAGGAAAUCUGGUCUGGACCAGAUCAAAGGAGCUCUGCAGUUAGGUAAAGAACCAGAGACCGCAGACCCAGAGACCCGGGUCACAGUCUGACUGAUGAUCCGGGUUUUAGUGUUUAAGAUCGUCUGAUGUUUGUGCUGAAGUUCUUCAUCAAACUAAGUCUCAUUAAUGAAACAAAAACUCGUUAAUAACCCGUGUGAAGAGUUUUCAGUCUCACAGGGAUCUGAGUUUCAAAGAUCAGCCCCACCUGUCCUGAGUCGGACCCCCGCCCAGACAAACUGACCCUCUGUGUGUUUCCUGGAGAACAGGUAUGGUUGACAUCGCCAGACAGACGGUGGAGUUCCUGUACGAAGAGAACGGCGGCAUUCCUCGUGACCUUUACCUCCCAACCAUCGAGGACAUCAAGGAUGAGGCCAACAAGUUCACCAUCGACAAAGUCCGCAAAGGUACGGGACCGCAGUAGACCGCAGGACUCUGCAGGACUCUGCAGGACUCACCUGUAUGAUCCACCUGUCUCCUCUGCACCUGUCCUCUCUCUCACAGGUCUGACCGUGGUCAUCCGCUGUCCGGACAGCAACAACACCAACAGCUCCACAGGAGGGACGGCGCUGCCCAAGUUCGCCAUCAGGGGGAUGUUGAAGACCUUCGGUCUCCAUGGAGUGGUCCUGGACGUGGACUCUGUGAGUACCUGAAAACACCAGGACUCUGGUGGACUGUGAGGUCUCAGGGACAUGAACCCCCCCCCUCAGUCACAUGACCUCCGAGAACACGGGCUUCAGUUUGAUUCACGCAGAUUCAGGUGUUUCCUGCUGACUCAGGUGUUAAAUCCCCCCCAGGUGAACGAGCUGGUUCAGGUGGAGACGUACCUGCGCAGUGAGGGGGUGCUGGUCCGGUACUGGUAUCCUAUAGAGAUGUUAGAGCGCCCCCCGGCUGGAUCUCGACGUACUGCGGCCAACGGUUUAGUCUCACUGGACAGCAGCAACAUCCAGAUCCACAGGUAACGUCCACACCUGAGUGAGAUGAAGACAGGUAUGACAGGUGUAGCUCCUCCUCCUCCGCUCACUCUGACCGUCUCUGCUGCAGGGAGCUGCUCCGCUGUGAGAGCGCGCUGGCGCGGUUGUACUGCAGGAUGGCGCUGCUCAACAUCUUCGCCCCCAAGAGUCCGCACACCUUCACACGACUCUUCCACAUACCCGCCAUCCGUGACAUCACCUUAGAACACCUGCAGCUACUGUCCAACCAGCUGCUGGCUCCGCCCCUCCCAGGUAAGCGUGCCCCUCCUUCAGUUCUCUAACAUAGAUAAACAGGAAGUAGUUACAGACCGUGUGUGUGUCUCUCUCUGAUUGGAUACUGAAGUGACGUAGAUCUGACUGCAUCUUAACACCAGAGAGACCUGAAAACAGUCAGGAAGGGGGGGCCUUGAAACAGUUAAUAAACCAACAGCUGAUGGUUCAACAGCUUCAGAGGAGGUGAGACCCUCAGACUGCGCUCCUGACUGUCAUGUCCUGGUUCUUCCUGCAGAUGGCACCAUCAGCUCCAGCUCCAUCCUUCUGGCCCAGUCUUUGCUCCACAACCUUCAGGGUCAGAGCUGCUCGCCCUCAGACCUCUUCUAUCAGGGGAACGCCCAGCCCAUCAGGGAGUGGCUGACCGUGGCCAUCACCCGUGCCUUACACCAGGGGGAGGAGAGUCUGCUGGAGCUGACCAAGCAGAUCUGCUGCUUCCUGCAGGUCAGCCCCGCCCACUUCAGCAACCUCCCUGCCCACCUGUCCAGUCAGCUGAUCUCUCCUUCUUAUUAUUUUCACAGAACGCCCCGGAGCAGUUUACAUCGGAGGAGUUUCCUGUGACGGAGUCAAAGGUCAGCAUGGACGUCAGCUUUCCAGGCGCCGCUUUCGUGAUUGUAUCCUGUAAAGAGAGUCAGCUGGGCUGCAGGAAAGAGUGAGUGACUCUCCGCAAACACACAUUCUUCUUCUUCUUCUUCUUCUCCUCCUUCUUCUUCUCCUUCUUCUUUUUCUUCUUCUCCUUCUCCUUCUCCUUCUCCUUCUUCUUCUUCUCCUCCUCCUUCUUCUUCUCCUUCUUCUUCUUCUUCUUCUUCUUCUUCUUCUUCUUCUUCUUCUCCUUCUUCUUCUUCUCCUCCUCCUUCUUCUUCUCCUUCUUCUCCUUCUUCUUCUUCUUCUUCUUCUUCGCCUUCUUCUUCUUCUUCUUCUUCUUCUUCUUCUCCUUCUUCUUCUCCUUCUUCUCCUUCUCCUCCUCCUCCAUGUUCCUGUCUCACUCCUGGACCCUCCUCUUCCUCCUCUCCAUCAGCUCCAGCCUCUACAAAGCUCCCUGGGCCCGGGUCAUGGUCUACGGUCUGGGUCACAAAGUGCGUCGAAACGGUCAGCUGAACCUGAUGGAGGCGGUGUGUUACCCUCUGGACGCCUCACCCACCAACACAGGCCUUACUCCCCCUCCCACCACCAACCAGUACCCCUCCGUCAUCAUUCCCACCGAUAAGGUCCACAUCAGACUGGGUGAGUGUUCAGACGCCAACAUGGAGGCCUCGCACGCCGCCUGACCUCUGAUUCAUAAAACCUGAUCAAACGUUCUUUGUGUCGACCGCAGGGGUGUCGCCCCCUCCUGGUGCUGUGCUGGUGCUGCACUCUUUGCCGCUGGAGUUCCCUCUGGCGAUGGCGUUCGCUGAGCAGCUGCUGACGUGGAAGUUGGUGGAGAGCAGCGAGCGAUCGGAGGAUGAGCUGGACACGGUGCCGCCAUCGGUGCUGCUGCAGGUGGUGGAGCUGUUAGGUAGGUCGGAGAGGUUUCACCGCUCCUUCAAAUAUCAGAUCAUUAUAUAUUAUAUAAAAAUAUUUAUAAUAUAUAAAUACUAUAUUAUUAUAUUCAAUGAUAUUUAAAUAUUAUAGAUAUUAUCAUAUAUUAUAUAAUAAUAAUUAUGAUAUAUAAAUACUAUAUUAUAUUUAAUGAUAUUUAUAUGUUAUAAAUAUUAUUAUAUAUUAUAUAAUAAUAUUUGAAUAUAUAAAUACUAUAAUAUUAUAUUUAAUUAUAUUUAUAUAUUAUAAAUAUUAUUUAUAAUAUAUAAGUAUUAUAUUAUUAUAUUUAAUGAUAUUUAUAUAUUAUAGAGAUUAUUAUAUAUUAUAAAAUAAUAUUUAUAAUAUAUAAAUACUAUAUUAUUAUAUUUAAUGAUAUUUAUAUAUUAUAGAUAUUAUUUUAUAUUAUAUAAUAAUAUUGUAAUAUAUAAAUACUAUAUUAUUUUAUUUAAUGAUAUUUAUAUAUUAUAAAUAUUAUUUUAUAUUAUAUAAUAAUAAUUAUGAUAUAUAAAUACUAUGUUAUAUUUAAUGAUAUUUAUAUAUUAUAUAAUAAUAUUGUAAUAUAUAAAUACUAUAUUAUUAUAUUUAAUUAUAUUUAUAUACUAUAAAUAUAAUUAUAUAUUUUAUAAUUUUAUUUUUAAUAUAUAAAUAUUAAAUUAUUAUAUUCAAUGAUAUUGAUAUAUUAUAGAUAUUAGAGGAUGAUCAGAAAUCAAACUGAAGAACGAUCCAAUAAUAAAAAGUCCGACCGUGUCUCCUCCUCUCCUCUUUCAGGUGGUCUCCUCUGGACCACUGACCUGGCCCCCUCCAUCAAAGAGCUCAUCUUUCACCUGCUGGCGGAGCUCCUGAGGAAGAUCCACCACCUGGAGCAGCGGAAAAGCCCCGCCGGUCUCUCCAGCUCCAUCGCCCUGCUCCUCAACCCGUGCCUCGCCGUUCUCAUGGCGCUGCAGACCGAACUCCGAAAGCUCUACGACAGAGAGACUCAGGGAUGGACGGCAGGAGGGGCCGGAGCAGGGGGGUCUUCCUCUGGAGGGAUUCCUCUGGCUCUGGGGGCGGAGCAAAGCCGCUUCUCCACCUAUUUCCACGCUCUGAUGGAGGUGUGUCUGGCGGUGGCGGAGGUGACGCUCCCUCUGAAUGUCGGCGGCUCCUCGGUGGGGGCUCUGUCCUCCACCAGCGCUCCUAAUCUCAGUGACUCCUCCUCGUCCUCGUCCUCGUCCCCGGGUCAGACGCCGCAGAGUCCCAGUCUGCUCUCCAAACGUAAGAAGGUGAAGAUGAAGCGUGAGAGAGCGGCGGCCGCCGUGGCUGCAGCGGUUUCAGGGAAACGAGGAAGUGGAGGAGCGCGGCUGUCAGAGAGCGACAGCGCUCUGCUGAACAUGGCGGGGAGUAAACCCGAGGACAUGCUGUGGUUCCACCGCUGCCUCACGCUCCUGAUGAUCCUCCGACACCUCGCCAACAAAGACCCACAGGGCCUUAGCGUGACCAGCGACGCGGUCACAGACGCCUGCCAGGCCUUAGUGGGCCCCACCGCCCACAGCCGCCUGCUGGUGCUCUCAGGUAUCCCCACGCACCUGGAGGAGGCCGUGGUCAGAAACGCCAUCCGCAGGGCGUGUAACGCUCACGGCGGUCUCUUCAAGGAUGAGGUCUUCAUCCCUCUGCAGGAGGAGGACCCCAAGAAGCCAAAACCUGCAGCCGGGGUUACCAGCCCUCAGGACGCCAAAACGGGUCCUGAACCCGAGCGUCUCUUCCUGAACAGCGGCGGUCCUGAGAGUCCUGACAGCUCCAGCAGCGUGACGCCAGCCAUGAGUGUGAGCGCCUCAGCCUCCACCAGCCAGACCUCCAUCUGCAGCUCCUCUCAGGGGGUCUCCCGCACCGCCAGCGAACUCUCCGUCGACCAGGAGAUGUUGUCUGUCCCUCCUCUCAACCCCGCCGCCGCCGCAGCUUCAGCUGUAACCUCGCCACAGCUGGGACCUCAAGACCCCCAGACCGUCUCCAGCCAGGAGGACACGUCCCAGUGCAGCACGGGGAGUCUGGGGAGUCUGGGCAGCCUGGGCGAGCCGGUGGACAGCGCCGAGACCCCGUCAGUGUCAGACGGAGGAUCCAUGAACACCGUCACCUCGCUGGAGAGCAACGCCGUCAUGAGCCGACCAAUCAAAGGCUACGCCGUCAUCGAGGUGGGUCAAGUAUGAGCAGGUCCUCUCUGAUUGGUUGGGUAAUGAUUGUCUCUCCUCUGAUUGGUUGAAUGAUGAUGCUCUCUCCUCUGAUUGGUUGAAGGUUCGCUCCAGGGCCAAAGUGGAAAAAAUCCGGGCCAGUCUUUUCAACAGCAGCGACCUGAUUGGCUUAUCCAGUCUGGAAGGUGAAGAGGAGCUGAUGGAGUUGACCAAUGAGGAGAUCCUCACAGCGUCCAGCGUGAACCAAAGUCUGUUUGACACCCAGGGAAGCUCCGCCCUCGAGGACUACUUCCUGGAAAAGACCAUAAAAGGUCGGUGCUUCAUAUUUUUGCUUCUUCUCAGCGCCGUCAGAUCUCACCUAACCUCAGCUGUCUCCAUGUGUCUUCAAGGUGAUAAACUGGUACCUGGAGCUCGAGACGUCCUCACAGACAUCUUCAAGAGCUGCGUCCACUCAGAGCAGAUGCUCAGCCUCACGCCCGCCAAGCCCGUCAAAGUGUCGGACAUUUACCUCAGCAAGGAGCAGAUCAACUCUCAGACCCCCGGGAACCUGCUGCACACCUUCUUCACCAACGUCAGACCUCCUAAGAAGGUUCUGGAGGACCAGCUGACUCAGGUUCUCUCAUGGUUCUGAUAUAAAAAAAUCUCAUUUUCACUGAAGGUCAAAAGUUUUAAACAGAAACUUUGAUUUUUCAGUUUCAUGAAAACGUUUAAAUCCCUCGUUUGUUUCAGAUCCUGAGGAAGUACGGCACCCCCAAACCCAACAAGAACAAAUACAGCAAAGCAGGGAAAGAACAGCACCAGGGGAAGGUGGUCAGCACCAAGAGACCCAUCACCAAACCCCCCACCAAGGAGAAGUCUGUGCUCAACAGCGUCAGGUGAGACCUCUGAGAACUCAGAGCUGUGAGAAGAUGAGGAUGAGGAUGAUGGUAAUGAUAAAGAGGAUGAUGAUGAUGAUGACGAUGAUAAUGAGGAAGAUGGUAAUGAUGAUGAUGAUGAUGAUGAAGAUGAUGAGGAUGAUGAUGAAGAUGAUGAUGAUGAUAAUGAUGAUGAGUAUGAUGAUGAUAAUGAUGAUAAGGAUGAGGAUGAUGAUGAUGAAGAUGAUGAUGAUGAGGAUGAUGAUGAAGAUGAGGAGGAUGAGGAUGAUGACGAUGAUGAUGGUAAUGAGGAUGAUGAUGAUGAUGAUGAUGAUGAUGAUAAAGAUGAGGAUGAUGAUGAUGAUGAUGAUGAUAAAGAUGAGGAUGAUGAUGAUGAUGAAGAUGAGGAUGAGGAUGAUGAUAAUGAUAAUGAUAAUGAUGAUGAUGAUGAAGAUGAGGAUGAUGAUGAUGAUGAUGAUAAUGAUAAUGAUGAUGAUGAUAAAGAUGAGGACGAUGAUGAUGAUGAUGAAGAUGAUGAUAAUGAUAAUGAUGAUGAUGAUAAAGAUGAGGAUGAUGAUAAUGAUGAUGAUGAUGAAGAUGAUGACGAUGAUGAUGAGUAUGAUGAUGAUAAUGAUGAUAAGGAUGAGGAUUAGGAUGAUGAAGAUGAUUAUGAUGAUGAGGAUGAUGAUGAUAAUGAUGAGGAUGAUGAUGAUGAUGAAGAUGAUGAUAAUGAUAAUGAUGAUGAUGAUAAAGAUGAGGAUGAUGAUGAUGAUAAAGAUGAGGAUGAUGGUAAUGAUGAUGAGGAUGAUGAAGAUGAUGAUGAUAAUGGUUGUCUGUCAGACCUUCUAAAGUCCGCCUCUCUCUGAUAGGACGGCGCUGAGUGAGAAGAAGACGGUCCUGAAGCCCAAAUCCCCGGAGAAGUCCAGACCUGAAGAGAAAGACGUGGAGAAGUCUCCUGCUAAGAAAACUGAAGGUUGGUAUUAAAGGGACAUUUCACUGUUUUUUUCUGCUGUAGCCACAGAGUGGACCCGGAUCAGACUGAACCCUCUAAUAUCGCUGACUCAGGGAACGUAGAGACGCUGACCCAAACCCUGGUCUCAGUGUCGGUUCUGCUCAGACAGAGAGGGUGUUUGUUUUCACUCAUCGGUACCUCCGUGGAUCAGGUGAACAGACCCUGAGGUCCUGCUGAACUCUGAAGACCCCCUCUAAGAUGAACUCUAGUAACCUUUAGUGACCCCGCCGUGACGCUCCGCCGCUCCCUCCAGGAGUAAAUUUAGGAGGUGUUUGGUAACAGCCGUCCUCACAUACUUCUCUGUUUUCUUCAGUCCCAGAGGAGAAGUUCCUGACUCUGGACGGCUUCCAGAAGUUCGCCGUCGACCGCGCGAAGCAGGACAUACGCAGCGUCUGGAGGGCGAUUCUGGCGUGUGGUUACGACCUCCACUUUGAAAGGUGAGACUUUGGGGGGUCAGACCUCCAGCCUCUGGACUCCUGUCACCCAAACACCGUCACAGUCAGAUGGUCACUCCUGCUCUGACGUAGUUUCCAGUUUGAAUCAUUCAGAAUAUUUCAGAAUAACAGUCGUCUCAGUUUCAUCAUCAGUCAGUAAACAGACGGUCAGGAGAGUUUGAGAACUCCCUCAUCAGUCUGUAUCUGAAUCUGUCAUUUAUCCUUUUCUCUGUUUUGAUUGGUCAGUCUCUCUCUAAGCCACGGAGUCCUGGACAACAGACACUCUGACUGAACUUUACCUGCAAAAUAAAACGGCAAUGAUCCACAUUUACCUUCAAUUCUUUAAGUUACAAAUGAAUAAACCAAAUAACUCCUCCUGUUUUAACCUCAUUUCAGUUUAUCACCUUUUCAUCUGAAGACAAAGUUUUGGACCUGGAUCAGCGGCUUUUCUUUUCUUUAUUGAACAAUAAAUCACUUUUAAACGAGUCACAGAUGAAAGCGAACCUAAACCUCUCUCUUUCUCUCUCUCUCUUUCUCUCUCUCUCUCUCGCUCUCUGUCUCUCUCUCUCUCUCUCUCUCUCUCUCUCUCUCUCUCUCUCUCUCUCUCUCUCUCUCUCUCCCUCUCUCUCUCUCUCUCUCUCUCUCUCUCUCUCUCUCUCUCUCUCUCUCUCUCUCUCUCUCUCUCUCUCUCUCUCUCUCUCUCUCUCUCUCUCUCUCUCUCUCUCUCUCUCUCUCUCUCUCUCUCUCUCUCUCUCUCUCUCUCUUCUUUCUCUCUCUCUCUCUCUCUCUCUCUCUCUCUCUCUCUCUCUCUCUCUCUCUCUCUCUCUCUCUCUCUCUCUCUCUCUCUCUCUCUCUCUCUCUCUCUCUCUCUGUCUCUCUCUCUCUCUCUCUCUCUCUCUCUCUCCCUCCCUCUCUCUCUCUCUCUCUCUCUCUCUCUCUCUCUCUCUCUCUCUCUCUCUCUCUCUCUCUCUCAGGUGUACCUGUAUCGACACUCGUCACGCUCAGAAGGCCUGCAGGAAGUGGAGUCUAGAAAUGGACGUGGCGUUGGUCCAGUACAUCAACAGACUGUGUCGACACUUGGCCAUCACGCCCGCCAGACUCCACCCACACGAGGUCUACCUGGACUCCAGUGACACCGCGGACCCUCGGGUGUCCGUCCUACUCAGUGAGUAAACCGUCUGAACUCCACCUCCGGCUCCCUGAAGGUCUCACUCGUCUCCUCAUUUAUGAACUCUCCCCUCAUGUCCUCUCGUGUCUCGUGGUUGUUUCCAGACGUCCCCGUGGAGAGUCUGCGUCUACGCUUCGCUCUGCUGCAGUCGCUCAACAACACUCUGGAGAGUUUCUUCCUCCCUCUGGUGGAGCUGAGACAGACGCAGACCUACCAGAACAGCAUCGCCGCGCUGCUCUCUGAGGCCAAAGGUGAGCAGGACCAGGUCCAAAGGGACACCUGACUGUGGUUCUGAGAGUGUCAGUGAGUCACAGACGGUCCAGAGUUCUGGAUCCUCCAUGUUCAUGUCUGAGUGGACCUUCUGACCUCCUUCUGGUUUCAGGUCUGAUCUUCUACGACACCAAGGUGACGGUGAUGAACCGAGUGCUGAACGCCACGGUGCAGCGGACGGCCGACCACGCCGCUCCAGAGAUCACUCUGGACCCUCUGGAGAUAGUGGGAGGUACCGGCUGCUGUCACAUGAUCACAGCUCCUCAGUUCUCUGUAGCUCAGGUGACUCCAUGUGAAUCUUCUGUCCCUCAGGUGAGAUCAGAUCUUCAGAGAACACCUACUUCUGUCAGGCGGCUCGGCAGCUGUCCUGCGUGCCGUCGUCUCAGCUCUGCGUCAAACUGGCGAGCGGCGGAGAUCCGACCUACGCCUUCAACAUCCGCUUCACUGGAGAGGAAGUCCACGGGACAAGUCAGAGUCUCUCCUUCCUUCUCCUCUGUCUCUCAGCUCUCAUGAUUGGUCUCUCAGCUCUCAUGUCUCUGUCUCUGGUCAGUUGUCCUCAGCUCUUAUGUCUCCGUCUCUCUCAGGCGGAUCCUUCAGACAUUUCCUCUGGCAGGUUUGUAAGGAGUUACAGAGUUCUGCUCUCUCUCUGCUGCUGCCCUGUCCCAGCGCCGCCGCCAACAGGAACAAGGUGAGCGUCCUUCCUGUCCUUCCUGUCCUUCCUGUCCUCCUCAGUUCUCAUAGUCUGCAGAGUCCUGGUCUGGAUCUGGACACGUCUUCAGAUCUUGUUGUUCCUGUUUGAGAACAUUGACAGUCAGCUGUUGAGUCAUGGAGGAGCAGGACGGUUC